AUGAAAGAUUUAAGGCAUAAAAGGAGAACACAAAUCUACAACAGCUCUACAUUCAUCUCAACAAUCUUUGGUGCAAAAAAGAUGGGAUUUUUAGUCGCUUGGAUCGCGGGCUUCGCGGUCGGCGUCGCUUUGAUUUUAGUUUUUGCUCGAUACCAGAAAUUGAGAUCGAAACGGCGCGCUAAUUUGGCAGCAGCGAUCGCAGCUUUCGCUCGGAUGACAGUCAAUGAUUCGAAGAAACUUCUCCCGGAUCAACUCUAUCCUUCUUGGAUCGUCUUCUCACAGCGACAAAAGUUAACUUGGCUCAACCAUCACGUCGAAAAACUAUGGCCUUACAUCAACGAGGCUGCGUCGGAGAUGAUAAGAAACUCUGUGGAGCCGAUACUCGAUCAAUACCGAUCAGCAGUUUUAUCGUCUUUAAAGUUUUCGAAACUUACUCUCGGCACAGUGGCUCCGCAGUUCACAGGAGUUUCUAUCGUUGAAGGCGAAGCUGAUGAGAUCGUUAUGGAGUUGGAGAUGCAGUGGGAUGGAAAUCCGAAGAUUUCACUCGAUGUUAAAACUCGAGUGGGGAUUGCGUUGCCAAUUAAGGUGAAGAACAUCAGAUUUACCGGCGUCUUCAGAUUCAUAUUCAAACCGUUGGUCGAUGAGUUACCUUGCUUCGGAGCUGUUUGUUACUCCUUGCGAGAAACGAAACAUCUCGACUUCGAUCUGAACGUCGUGGGAGGCGACGUGUUAGCGAUUCCCGGAAUAUCAGACGCUAUACAGGAAACGAUACGAGAUUCUAUCGAGGAUUCUAUCGCAUGGCCAUGUCGAAAGAUCGUACCGAUAUUACCAGGCGACUACAGCUACCUCGGGCUAAAGCGAGUCGGGACGUUGGAGGUCAAGCUCAUCGAAGCUAAGGAGCUAAGCAAUAAAGACAUCAUCGGAAAAUCCGAUCCCUUUGCCGAGUUAUUCGUUCGACCUCUACGCAGCCGGAUGAAAACCAGCAGAAUAAUUGUAAGAAUUAUUACAUCGUUCGAUUCGUCUUCUUGUCUCCAUGCUAACGCUGCAGUCGCAUUUUUGCAGAACAACGAAACGAAUCCAAUCUGGAACGAACACUUCGAGUUCGUCGUAGAGGAUGCGUCGACUCAACACCUAACGAUAAGAAUCUAUGACGACGAAGGCGUCCAAGCGUCCGAGCUCAUCGGUAGCGCUCAAUUGCCGCUCGGCGAGCUCGAACCCGGUAAGGUAAAAGACGUGUGGCUCGAACUAGUAAAGGACCUAAAGAUUCGACGAGACCGGAAGAACCGAGGUCGGGUGCAUCUCGAGCUCGUGUAUUGUCCUCUUAACGCCGAGAGCGAGUUUAUGAAUCCAUUCGACCCCGAUUUUCGACUAACUACCUUGGAGAAGACAUUCAAACAUGUAAUGAUGGACGGGGAUUCGGGAGAUGAUUCGAAGCCGGCUAGGGACAUGAUUAUCCGAGGAGUUCUUACGGUCACCGUGAUCUCGGCAAAGGACUUGCCGAGCAAAAACCUCGCCCGAAAGCUCGAUCGAGCGUUUGUAGAGAUAAAGCUUCAAAAAUCUGGGCAGAGGAAGGAGACGAGAGUUGUCAUCGACACACUGAACCCGGUUUGGAAUCAAACGUUCGACUUUGUCGUCGAGGAUGCAUUGCACGAGCUGCUAAUCUUCGAAGUCUACGAUCACAGUACAUUUCGGAAGGACAAGAUAGGAAGAUGCAUCGCGACGCUGACGAGGGCGAUCAUAGAGGGAGAAUUCACGGCGAGUUAUCCUAUUGACGGAACGCAAUCAGCCUCGCUGAGCCUGCAUCUCAAAUGGACUCCGCAAGUUCUCAUCCGGGAUUAACUCACCAUCGAUCGUUCGAUCGAUACAACACUGAAUUGUAUAAUCUAAACUACUGUCUUACAUUCGUAUCCUCGUCGAGGGUGUCGGGGCAUUACUCGAGCAAACAGUAACGACUCUUUUUGUAGUAUACAAGAUGGGUUACGCCGACGCCUACUUGCUCUCUGUAAAUAAAAAACACAAAAAAGAUUGCGCGAAUCGCGCAACAAGAACAAGAGGAUCGAGCCUCUUACCUCUAAAGUAUCCGUUAUCGGCGAGACUGUAAUAAGAAAACAACGAAAGCCA